AUGGCCAUACCUGACUCACUACAAUUUGCUGUCUCCACAUUGUCAUGGACUCUUCGAGCUGGCUGCUUGGCUCACAUAAUUCACGAAAAUCUUUACGAAUUCACAGAAACAAGAGGUGAAUCUAUGCUCCCCACAGUUCAAAACCAACACGAUUACGUGCACGCUUUCAAAAAGUAUAAACUCGGCCGAAAUUUGGAAAUGGGUGACUGUGUCGUCGCCAUGAAGCCAAGCGAUCCAUCGCAUCGAAUAUGUAAACGUAUUACUGGCAUGCCAGGGGAUGUUGUCUUGGUGGAUCCGUCAUCGUCAUCAUUCUUGACAAAUACUCCCGCAGAAAUUAUUCAACACGACGGAUUCAACAAGUUUAUUAGGGUGCCGGAGGGACAUGUGUGGUGCACGGGAGAUAAUCUAUGCCACUCCUUAGACUCAAGAUCGUAUGGGGUGCUUCCAAAGGGACUCAUAACAGGGAAAAUUGUUGCUGCGAAUUCGAUGAAUGAUGGGAUAAGGGGUUUUUUCAAUUUCAGAUGGAUAAAGAAUACGUUUGUUGAUGAAGGUUAA